CUCGUUCACUGUCUGCUCGAUUGCUCUGAUGCCAAUUGGUGUCCUGAGACUGUAGUCUGCUCGAUUCGUUCGACAGUCCGGUUUGUCUCUAAGUCUGAUUUUGUUAUUUUUCUAAUCAGGGAUUUUAUCGCUCAACAAUCUUCCAUCAGUGUUUAUUCUUUAUUAAUUUUUUGCAUCGGUACCGUGCUUAAUCGUGUCUUUCUUGAUUUAUUGAAUCAUGCACAGUAAUUGUAAAACGGAGUUUUCUUAAUCUAGUUUAACACUCAUCUUGCUCGGCGUUCUCGGCUCUCGAUUGCUACCUCCUGCCUGGCGAUGAAUGGCUGCUUUUGGUCCCGGAGCCGCUGAUACCCGAACACCGGAAACGGAAGCGGUAACCGGUGGGAGCGGACCGUGGUGAGAGCAAGAGGACCGUUCACAGUCCUCUGCACUCUCCCCUCUGUCCCUGUUCCCCCUCCCUUCUCUCCCCUUUUUUCCCCUCUCUUUCUUUGUUUCUUCUUCUGUUUUCUUUCUUCAGCAUGUCUCAAACUCUGCAGAUGGAGAUCCCUAACUUUGGCAACAGCAUCCUGGAAUGUUUGAAUGAGCAGCGCCUCCAGGGGCUGUAUUGUGAUGUUUCUGUGGUUGUCCGAGGCCACCAGUUCAAAGCCCAUCGAGCUGUUUUGGCAGCCAGUAGUUCCUACUUCAGAGAUCUGUUUCACAACAGCAAGAAUCCGGUAGUGGAGUUGCCUGGAUCUGUCCAACCCCAGUCUUUCCAACAGAUUUUAAGCUUUUGUUACACGGGGAGGCUUAGCAUGAAUGUGGGAGAUCAGUUUCUACUCAUGUAUACUGCUGGCUUCUUACAGAUCCAAGAAAUUAUGGAGAAGGGAACAGAAUUCUUUUUGAAGGUCAGCUCUCCUAGCUGUGACUCCCAGGGCCUCCAUCCCGAGGAGACUCCUAGCUCUGAACCACCAAGCCCAGCAGCAGUCGCAGCAGUGGCAGCAGCUGCAGCCUCUCUUUCAUCCUCAUCUUCCUCAUCUUCUUCCAGAGCGCCAAGAGUGAAAACUGAGAACCAGGAGUCUGAAGCAGUACAGUGCACUCCAGUGGCCAAGAGACUGUGGGAGGGUGGGCAGAAGGAAGCAGGUGGAGGAGGCAGGAAGGUGGCACGUUUUUCACAAGGAGGUGGUGGAAGUGCACCAUCAGCAUCAGUGGUGCCACCUGGAUCAGAAAGGACAAGCCCAGGGACUUCCAGUGCUUAUACAAGUGACAGCCCUGGAUCUUAUCAUAAUGAGGAAGAUGAAGAGGAGGAAGUGGGAGAAGAUGGGACUGAGGAACAGUACAGGCAAAUCUGUAACAUGUAUACCAUGUACAGCAUGAUGAAUGUCAACCAAACUGCAGAGAAAGUGGAGGCUCUCCCGGAUCCUGUUUUCUCGGAUUCUCGGAAUCGAGUACGUGUUAGGCAGGACCUGGCCACACUUCCGGCAGAGCUAAUCAGUCAAAUUGGAAAUCGCUGCCACCCCAAACUUUAUGAGGAGGGGGACCCCACUGAGAAAAUAGAGUUGGUGACAGGUACAAAUGUAUUCAUUACUCGUGCUCAGCUCAUGAACUGUCAUAUUAGUGCUGGAACACGACAUAAAGUCUUGCUUCGCAGACUCUUGGCUUCCUUCUUUGACAGAAAUACUUUAGCUAACAGCUGUGGUACAGGAAUUCGUUCAUCUACUAAUGACCCCAGCAGAAAACCACUGGACAGCAGAGUCCUUCAUGCAGUAAAAUUUUACUGCCAAAAUUUUGCACCUAACUUCAAGGAGAGUGAGAUGAAUGCCAUUGCUGCAGACAUGUGUACAAAUGCACGUCGUGUUGUGCGCAAGAGCUGGAUCCCCAAACUGAAGCUGCUGAUGGCUGAGGGAGAUGCCUACACAUCUUUUAUCAAUGACACUGGCAAGAUGGAGCCUGACCUAAUGGGUGGGGCAACUGUUGGGGAGCAUGGGACAGGGUAUGAUGGAGAGCCUGGUGAGGGAAUGCCAUGACUCUCUAACCAUUAUCCUUGAAAUGUAGAUAUCCCCUCCUCUACAACACAAGGAGGAGGUGUGUGGACUAUAAGGCACUCAAGAGAUGGGCUGUCAUCUGUUUGCCACAGAAGGAGGUGCUCAGUAUGGCUGAACACUGUACACAAUUGUGGGACUGGUGUGGAGGUGCUCAGUAUCACUAUACACUACUGCAUGAGGUACUCCGUAUCAUUAUACAGAACCACGUGUCCAUUAUCAGUAUACAGUUAUACGCAGUGUCAUUAUAUAGCGCAGCGUGUUCAUUAUCCGUGUAUAGAGAUACUCUGCAACAUUAUAAAGAGCACCGAGCUACAUACAGUAUGGGAAUACCCCAUAUUGCAGACUGAAGUUGUCUUGUACAUAGAUACUCUGCAUCGUUUUAUAGUGCAAUUGGGUUAGAUACUCUGUAUCACUAGGCCUAUGAUAACCUGAUUCCUGCGUUCCUACUGCCCAGGGGAGAGAGACCAUUUUAUUUCAUUACCCCUCACUCCAAAAUAUGUGCCUGUUCAAACCCCUCACACAUGGAGAGUCAAACAUUACUACAGUACAGACACUGCAGCAGACAUAAAGUAUAUGUAGAUGAGUAAAUGAGAAUUAUGGCGCUACUUGUGACUUGGCAGUCAGAUAAGUAGAGAUUGUAUAGUUGUACAGUGUGAAUGCAACAUAAUUGUGUGUAUAAUGUAUGUAUAUGUCAGUGCAUCUAAUUAUAGACAUACUGUUAUGGCAAUACUAAUGUCUGUGUGUAUAUAUCAUACAAGAGUGGAAAAUAUCACUUUUAUUAUUCAGAGAUAACAAAAGUCCACUUAGAUACUGGAAAAUAUUACAUGCAUACACAAAUGCACAUUCUAGACAUGCCUUUUUUAUAUUUUCUGAGAAAACAGUACUAUGAAGUGCAGCUAUCACAUAAUGAAUGUUUAAAUGGAUAGUCUACUCCAAAAUUUGUGUUGUUUAAAAAGAUAGAUAAUCCCUUUAUUACCGAUUCCCCAGUUUUGCAUAACCAACAUGGUAAUAUUAACAUACUUUUACCUCUGUGAUUACCUUGUAUCUAAGCCUCUUCUGACCGCCCCCUAUCACAUGGCUAUGUAUUUAGUAUCUAUUGGCUUGCAUUUUAGCCAGUUAGUGCAGUGUCAGGCACAACUCCACAGGAGAGAGCACAAUGUUAUCUAUGGCUGUCUGUAGUGGCUUAGAAACAGGCAGAAAAUUAGAGGUUUAAAUGUUAUAAAGAAUAUUAAUAUAACAAUGUUGGUUGUGCAAAGCUGGAGAAAUGGUAGUAAAGGCAUUAUCUAUCUUUUAAAACAAUAAUAAUUUUGGUGUAGACUGUCCCUUUAAUGUCCAUUUAACAGUCAAAUAUUGAAUGUCACAUUUAAACUUUAAAUACAUUUCAUGCACCUCCCUCUAAUUAUGGGUGCUGCCAUUUUGGAAUGCGGCGAGUAUCUGGAGAAGUGCUGCACAUGUGCAAAUGUCAUUACUGGAAAGCAGUGAAAGUUCAGUUUCAACACGGUGGCACCCAUAUGAUUAGAGAGGCAGAGAAAAACUUCAAUACUGUGCUUAUGAAUUAAGUGUUUUAAACAUCCCUUUAACAUUUUGUUUUAUAUAAACAUUUAACUUGUCAAGAACUUAAAACAUUUUUACAAUUUUAAUGCUAAAGCCAUAUAUUUGACCAUUUAAUAUAUAUUUUUAUCAUAAAUAAAUAAACCAACGUUUAACUCUUCAGAGUGUAUCAAGAAUAACAUUGGUAUUGAAAAGGGACAAUUUUGUGACUAAAGAAACUUUGUUAUAAAUAGUACUGCCCUCUUUUAAAAGACAUUUGUUUACACAUUGAAACAUACAUGUUGCCUUUUUGUAUUUUUAACAUUAUUUUAAAUUAUUAUAACGUUUGAAAAUGUAUUAUGCUUUUAAAAUGAAUCAUGAAAAAUUACUUUUUUCUUUUUCUUUAAACAUGUUUAAUUUAUGCCCUAAGGAUAAAAAAUGGCAAGACAUUUAACUUUUUCCUAUCUUUAACAUUGAGCUGGCUUGUGACUUUUUCCUUCUGAGCUAGUAACGGCAAACUAAAAUGCCCCAAAAGAAAUGUCCAUUUAAGUGGAGAUGUUUGAUGGUACAACCAAUUCACAAGGUUUACAGCUGGAGAGGAAACUAGCCCAUAGUUUACUUGGUAACCUCGAAAAUAUGUCUAACAAAUUAGAACAUUUUAAUUUUGCAUUCAAAUGUCUAUUUAAAAAAAAAAAAAAAAGCAAAAACACAUAAAAUACUCACACAAUUUUAACCCGAAGGAAUUCAUUCUAGUUGAAACGUGCUUAGUUCCCGUCCCUCUAGUUUUAGAGGGUGCAUAUACAGUGUGUGUGUGUUCUGUAUGAAUGUAUGGAGUAAUGUACGGUGAAGAUGACUGCUAUAGAUCAGAUAUAGAAAGAUCACUGAUUUUGUAAAUAUUAUAGAAAGUAAUUUUAUUUGGUAGUGUUUAUACAGGUACUGUAUACACCAGUUUCUUCACUAGUGGUAUAAAGAAAAUGUGUAUGUUGGACAAAUUCACAUCCCUAUGAGAAAGAUUUUGUAAAAACCUACAAAGAAGUAGUGUUAAAUACUUUUUAUUUCCCCUAUCUGUAUAUUUGUACACACUUAUACAUAUGUGCAUUUUUCCCCUUAAAUUCCAUCGUAUAUACCUCUUCUCCUCUUCUGGAAAACUAACUCCUUUUCUCGCUCAAUCCCAGGGAUUUUUUUUUUACUUGUCAAUGAAGCAGCAAUAUGGAGGAAUUGUGAGCUUUAAUAAUGUUAGCAAGGGAGUAAAUAGUUUUAUUUUGUACAUAGAUUAAAUAUACAAUCCCAGAUCUUACAGGGGAGUUGGUGAGACAGGGGUUAGGAGGUGUGAUACUACUUUGCGCUAAGUGGGGAAAAAUGUGCACUAGUCAAACAGGACAGCAGACCUCUGUACAUAUGAAUAUUUAACUCUCCUCAUCCAAAGCGAUUCUCACUAAGUUACUCUCCUCUGGGCUUAUAAAGGUUGUAAAUAUUUUCUUUCUUUUUUUUUUUCCUGGCAAUGGAUGCAUGGGAGGAGGUGAGAAUCAGGAUAAAGCCCCCUUGAAAAGUGUAUGUAUAUCACUAUGUGUAUAUACAUUAUGUACACACAGGUGACUUUGUUACCUGACAAAUUUUCAUCUUACGCUAAUAUGAACGGUGGGACCAAAGCCUACCAUGGGCACUGCAGCCAUUUUAAAAGCAACACAAUGACUGGCUUCUCUUCAAACAGAAAAAGCAAGGAAGAGGGGGAGGGCUGCAAAUAUAUAUAUUUUUAAUGACUCUCUCCCCACCAAGGCUGUUUGUUUUAUUUUUUUUUAUUUUUUAACUGUUAAAAAAAAAAAAAGACUUAAAAGAUAAUUAGCCCACCUUUUCCUUCUGCCGUUACAAACCUCUCAAUAAUUGCGCACUCUUGAUUGUCAGUCGCAGAUGCUUGCGGAAUCCUGUCUCUUUCUCUUUGGAGUGGAUGGGGCAUAACGCAGUUUCCAAACCACGCUCACUCACUCCCCUAUACUUUCUUUGCUCCUCUAAGUGCCAAGAUAUCGCUGUGUGUUCCCUUAACUGUGAGACUGGAGCAUUGCACAUUAUGAUAUAAAUCAAAAAAACAGAUAUUAAUAAAAGUUUUUAACAAAAAAUAA